AUGGAAGCCGCCGCGAGCAAAGAAGUGGUUGCGCCGUGGAUGGCAGCCCCAUAUAUCAAUAAAUGGCUUGAGGAGUGCCGGAGGAACCAUUGGGCAUGCUACCGGUCUAUCGCUGGUGAUAUUGAAGGUCUGGAAGCAUCGGCUGCAACUACGUGGCCGACUCGGCUACUUCGUAUAUCUGAUUCUAACAAGGUUGGAGUCCCAUUAGUGAGUCUUGUUGAAACCGGGGGGGCCCAUAUUGGCGACUAUAUUACGUUAAGCCAUUGCUGGGGACCGCCUGGGAAGCGACCAUAUUGUACCAAGGUUGGGAAUAAGGAGCAGCAUUACAGAAGCAUUCCCUUUGACGAUUUGCCUCUGACAUUUCAAGAUGCAACAAUGAUAUCCUACUGCAUGGGAAUAUCGUACCUAUGGAUUGACUCCCUUUGUAUAGUGCAAGACGACAAGGAAGACUGGGAUAAGGAGUCAAUGAUUAUGGGAGAAAUAUAUGCAAAUGCAGUUCUCAGCUUUGCCGCACAGUCCGCCCAUGACUCAAGCGAGGGGCUUUUCAAGAUCCGCCAGCCAUUCCAAACCGCUCAGCUCUGGUUCGAUCCAAGAAAAGGUGCAUCAGUGGGAUCUAUCCUUGUGCUUGACAGCGCAGCGUUCCACCAGUCCUUCAUGUACCUUGAGGGCUCUCCUCUCCAGAAGCGGGGGUGGGUUAUGCAGGAGUACAUUCUAUCCCGGCGAAUUGUUCAUUUCACAAGCCUUGGUAUGGUUUUUACCUGCUAUGGUGAGCAGGCAUCGAAACAUGGGGCGCUAUCUUCUGAUAGGUUUUCGAGAACGGAGUUUGGCAUGGGGCAGGUGUCUCGUCCGAUUGAUACCUGGAUAGAGCUGGUUCAAGCAUACUCUGCCCGCAACCUGACAUACCAGUCAGAUAAGUUGGCAGCGGUUCACGGCAUAGCCUCCGCCCUUGCUAGGAGGAAUCAAACUACCUACUAUCAUGGGCUCUUUCUAGAUUAUUUUCCAAGACAUCUGGCCUGGUUUCCGUGCGAUUCAAAGGCCCAACGCGCCACGCAUCCCAGUAUUCCUUCAUGGUCCUGGGCGUCGAUGACGGGAGGAAUCAGAAUGAAUGACAGCUUUAAGGGUGUGCAUCUAAAAGAUGAGGUACCGCGCGGUUGGCAAUGCAAGAAUAUCUGCCAACUCGUCAAAUCCGGUAAUGGAAUACAUCCUGGGGCGCUCGAGCUCAGUGGGAAACCUAUCCCAGUAAGGGUACUCCAUGGAGAGCACUGGUGCCAGUUUUAUGGAGGAUUCUUCUUCGGUAUCAGAGAUCUGUUGGAACUGCACGCGGUAGAAAUUGAAGAAGCCUGGGCGAAAUGCCGCGCCCAGAACCAGGGCUUCUCGCAACCUCGCUCUUGCAAUGUGCGGUGCGUUGCUAAGCCAAAGGAGCAACGCAAAGGGAACACUCGAGGGAUUUUCAUUAUCAGCGGAGCGGAGAAUGACCUUGCGGGAUGGUGCUCUUUUGAUGAAGGCAUUCCUGUCCUGGAUGUUCUCCAUUUUCUUCCAAUAUAUCAAUUCGAAUCGGUAUGUUCUCACCGAUGGGUUCGCAGUCAGGGAAAGCACCGGUGGUGGUGCUUACUGGUCAAAGCGACUGCAGGAAGGCCACCGACUUUCUACCAAAGGGUGGGCUUUGGCGUUCUGGAGGAAGGGCAGCUGUUGAAUCGAUCUUUUGAGCAGGUGUUCCUUAUCUGA